AUGGCGGCGCUGCGCGAAUUGCUCUUAGCGGCGGAGCGCGACCGCCAGCCUCUGGACGACGCCAUCUUGUCCUUCUCGCGCUCGCUGCUUCUAUCUCCACCCAAAGAUUCCAAUGACGCAGCAAAAUGUACCGCCGAGAGCGCGGCCUCGCUGUGUCUCCAGUUCCUGACCGUCCACCCACAGGGCGAGCUGCUAUUGCGCGUGUGGCCUGAUCAACAUGGCGCUGGCAGUCGCUGGGAAAAACGCGAGAGCUUCGCAACGUUCCUUCACGUAGUGACACACCUGUUACAGACGCAACAACAGCAAGAUGCCGCCCAGGCCGAAUUUUUCGCUCUCCGCGUGGUGCGCGAGAAAACUUCACAGCUCGAGAAGCUACUGAGCUGGAGCGACAAGCCACUGAUCGAAUUCCGAGCCCUGGAACUGCUCGCAACAGUAGCGAAAGUAAGUGGAUCCUCCGCUAGAGAGCUAGUUCGGCUAUUCAACUUCCAGUGCCCAGCCUUCGUCAAGCUGGCCACAAGACGCUGGAAAAAGCCCGAAGUGGAUGAAGAAGAAGUAAAACAGGCGCCAUUCCAGCUCAGAGCGGCCUAUGUGGACUUGGUGCUGGCACUCACAGCCUGUCCUGACAAGAGUGUGCACCGCUUUGCCGUGAAGGAGGGAGGCGUCACGGCGUCACUGUUAAAGAGCAUGGACGGAGACUCGACUGAGAUGUUGACGACUAUUUUCAACAGAUUGGGGGAAUUGGUGCUGCAAAACCCGGAAGUGGAGCACAAGAGCAAGCUCAUAGUUUUUAACGCCACGUGUGUGCAUCAACUCUUGUCACUACUACAAGUGAAAGAUGACGAGUCUGUGCGGGAUACGGCGCUGGGAGUAUUGAACGCACUAUUCUUUGAGGACAGCGCACUGUACGUGGUGCCUCAGAAGCAGGCGCUGCGACUGUUUUUAGCCAAAUCAGCCUCAAACCCUCACGGAGACGAAGAAGCCACGACGUCGGAACAGGCUUACGCUCUCAAGGUGAUCCGCAAUGCAGUCGGAACUGUUGGUGUGAAUGAGCUUCUACGCAGUACUCAAGCUCAGACGCUCGUGAUGCAGCUCCUCGCAAAGUAUCCUGGUUUCCUGUCGGAAUAUCUCGCUGCGUUGUCCGUUCAGCUGGAGCCUAAGCCAGUGUAUCGCUGGUUCUGUGUGGCUUCACUGGUGCAGAAGCUGCUGUCGUGCUCCCUAGAUGCGGUGGCUACUGGACUGCCUACUGUUGAGAAUGAAGGUGCAUUAUCAUCGUGGUGUUCCGCGCAGUCCGUCGCGUCGCGGCUUAUCGCGCCGGGCAACUACCGCAAGGAGCUUUCUCGUUGUAUCCAGCACACCAACAAUCUGGUUAUCUACUCGUCCUUGGGUGUGAUCGAGGCAACACUGAAGCGUUAUGUGCGCCUAGCCUCGACACUGGAGUCGUUGGGUCUUGCUGCAGAAGUGCAAUCAGAGCUGCGUUUCCUACUUCCGAGUCCGGAGGCUCUCGUCUCGCUUCUUCUCAAGCUGUGUGCGUCUCAGGAGCGCAAAAUGGCGUUGAUCUACGUGCGCGCACUUACUGUGUUCCGUCUGUAUCUGGAGUGCCUGCCACAGACGAUGCGUGAGGUGAAGGUGGACUUUACUAAGACACUGAUGUGGCGCUACUUGGACGGGAAGGAAGCUGAAGAUUCCUUACCGCAACCCAUGCAGAGUUUGAUUGUUGGUGAGAUGCUGCGCUUCCUGCUUGCUGUGGAUACCCCGCGACUGCGCUUUCUCUUCACAAGUGGAAACUCGGGCAAGCACUCGAAGCUGCAGCAGAUGCUGCUCUUGUACGUCUCAACGCCGAGUCAGGCUGUCCAGGAGCUGGCAGGAAAAGUACUUCAGCGAACGUUACUGGCGUCGGACAUCUUUGGACAUGAAACUCUACAUGCUGAUGGACGUGCGAACGAAGAAGUUCAAUUCUGGCUCGAGAGUCUGCGUCAGAGUGGGAGCGAAGUCUGCGCUGAGUUCACUGAACGCCUUGCACGUGCGGCAAUGGCUGAUCCACUCAUGUACGUUGCGGUGGGUCGUCGUGUGAUGGCAGACGCGUCUUGCUCGUCCUCGUUGAGUCCGAUUACUGUCGCGCUUGUGGGAUUCCUCAAUUCGCCCGAUGGAGCAGGGAAGCCGAACUUGUCGGCGUACCGUGCUGACCCAUCCGUUGUGACUUAUGCUGUGCGUAUCUUGCUGGCCUUGACGCAAACCAGCAAAUAUCCACAGCAAUUAGUCGAUCUGAUUGCUAGCAAGGAUGCUUUCACUGUGGACAUCUCUACGUCGAAACCUCAUGAAGAAGAGAAUGAUGAGACCUCGAGCGACGAUUCCAGCGGCAAGAAGCGGAAGCGGUCAGAGGGAGCUGAUGAGUCUGGUCGUGACGAUGCUUAUGUGUGGCUGAAGAAUCACUGCGAGGCGCUUGUUUCAGGAAAGCGCACUUCUAGCAACACUGCUACGCCCAAGAAGAAAGCACGAGCGUCUAGCAUCAAAUGGCACCGCUACUGUGACCCGAGUUCGCUUACGGCUGCGUUGGUGGCCAUGACGCCAGCUGAUUUUACUUCAUUCUGGGAGCAUAUUGUCAGCAACUGCGCAGACUUAGAUGAACUAUUCGGCCCGGUGCUCCAUUAUUUGUCGGCGCAUGCAGACGUGGAUAUCCUGUCUCUACUGACGUCACCAGCUACAGCGAAACCCAAGAAGCAGCCAGCCAAAACUGCAGCAGCAGAUGCUUUCACGAAGAUAGUUCCUGCGAGUACUAUUCUCCAGCACGUUCUGUUCAACAUCGCGGGAAAAGAGACCAAGGAGCAGGAUUCGAUGAUUUCGACGGUAUCAAGCAUGGCGAAACGUAGAGUCACGGAUCACCAGUUGGCCGCGACGGAGGCUGCCCGCAUGUGCGAACAACUCCUAUUCUUCUUCUUCUCAAGCCAGGCUGGUGUCUUGGAAACAGUAAACAACCAGCUUUGCGAGCUGUUUUUACAGCUACUGACCGUCGUUCUUGUUAAUGAAGCUGCUUCGCCUUCUAUCGUGACGCGCAUUUUCUUCAAGUUACAAGCAGUGACUACCAGCACUCCAAACGCCGCGUUGUGGCGACAGCUGUCCGCUGUGGAGAUCUUUGCUCUACGAGUUUAUUCCAGCAAGAACCCAGACACGGACUUGGGUACGCUGUGCGAUAUUGGCGGUCUGUUCCAACGGGCUGGUGUGCCGCUGGUCGCGGUGUUAGCUCCUAGCAUUCCUAUCAGUGUUCGACUCCCCGUGCUCGACAGGCUGUUGCACCAGUACAGUGCCAGUAGCAGUGCCCCACAUGUUGUGCUCGUCUCACGCGUGCUGGAAUCUCUAGGCGGCCAUGAUAUGGACAAGCAAUACGACUCGUUCGCGGAAUACAAGCGUGCCAAGUUGCUCACGCGGAAGCUGUGGCAGCUAUUGAGCAGCCAGAAUAGUGAAAGACAAUUGUCGUUUUUCACCACUGGAUUUAUGGUUCUUCGCCAUUUGGGCGGCAUCGAUGCGUCUAUCGCUGUGGGUUCUGUGGAGGAUUUCCUUGCGUCACUUGUUUCACGAAGUGCGCAAUCAGCAUCGAGCUGUACUGAGGUUCUGCGAGGAAUUAUCGGUGCGAUUCAGAGUGACAAGGAGGCAGCAGUGUUCCCAGGUGUGCUUGAAGAGCACCUGUUGAAGCGACUCCGGCGCGAGAAGAAUGUGCAAGUGAAGUGUGAGCUGGUGGCGGCGAUGUACAACGUGUUUACGCGUGUUGGUAGCUCGCGUCAAUUUGUGGACGCGUUGAUUCCAGUCUGCUAUGAGCGUGUGCUGUUGGGCUCGCUGAAGAGUUACUCGGCCGAACUCGCAGUACUGAAGCACCUGGCCAGGUCGGAACGUGACGAGGCUCUGACGUCUGUGCAGCUGCUGGGACUACUUAUGUUGUUACGCAGCAAUAGCAACAUCGCAAGUGUGGACGUUAGUCUACUGCUUGUCCUUGUUCGAAGCGACGCACAACUAUCCGCGUUGAAGAUGCUUCUCCCGCUACUUGCCGAAGCGCGUGAAGUCAUCAGAGAAAGUGCCAAUCAGUUGGCCUUCCAAGGCUUAGUGGACUUGACAGCAGCUUUACUACGUCUCGUGGGGAACGAUGCCAGUGCUGUAGACUUCGAUUUUGAUGCCCACUUCGAAGUCGUCGUGCAGCAUCCGUGCUUUGCUCCCACGCUGCAGAAUGUGGACGAUGAUGCCGUGCGUCUUCGCGUCAUUCGCGUUGUUGCGCGACUUGCUCGCAUCACACACCAGUACACGCGCUCGCUGUUGCAGACGUUGCUAAGCUGCUAUUCGAUGUCGCUCUCGUCGUUCGAUCGCAGUCUGCGAGUGUUGUUCGAGGAGUUUGAGACUCAGGGAUUCCGGGAAGAGGAACUGACGCUGGUGAGCAUGGGGUUCCGCUUCGGCGCGUCGUCUACAGUAGCGCCCUCGACGGAAGCGUCAAAGCGCUCUCACAACGACCUGGUGGACGAUUCAGCCUGGGUUCUUGGCGGAGGUCUUGAACAGAACCGUAUUCGUUCCACCAUUGAACACUUCCCUUUAGAUCGCCAAGUUUCGACGGCCAGUGACGCAUUGCUACUGGAGCUUGAUGAAGAUAUUCCAACCGAACGCGGUGAUGAUUUGGAGCAGAGUCUAGAGACCGAUGAGAAGCGGGCCGAAGCCUACGACCCUGCUUUCCUCUUGCCAAUGCUGUCACACUUCAUCUCCUCGUCAGACCUGCCCGACGGUGGCAUUGUGCAGCAAGGUCUGCUGGGUGUAGCCAUCCGUGCCACCUCGUCCGACGUCGAGAAGAUUCGUGAAUACGCUUAUGGUAUUCUGGCCCAUCUGCAUGAAUCUCUGCAGGCCACGACAGAAACUACAAGUGAGUUCAAGGCGGGACGACAGGUGCAUCUCUUACUGGACGUCUUCCGCCGUGGCGUCCAGGAGCCACUGUUGCAGGUUCCGUCCGUGGUUACUGUCUUCCUCAACGACGCGCUUGCUGUGCUAACUCGACCAACACACGUGCUGUACCCGCAAGUGAACCACUUCCUGUUGGCUCGUCCAGCGAUGGAUCUGGCGGAUGUGCCGAUGUUCUACUCGCUGUUUAACAGUCGAGCGCCGCUAACUUAUCGCCAAGAGCGUUCGUGGCUUCUCCACACGCUUCGUCGAGGUGUACGCAGCGAUGACGACGUGGCGCUACUCGAACGCCGCCACGUUCUUCCAAUGCUGUUGAGCUUCUUCACCUCCGAACUGGCUGAUACGCACACGCAGCCAUUGAUCACGAGUAUUCUAUUGUCAGCACUGCGUACACCGUCGGGAAGCGUCUACUUGGUGACUAAAGCAGCGUUGCUGGAAUGGCUAGCGACGCAAUUCUUGAGAUACGGGACGUCGUCCAAACCCUCGGGAUCGAUGAAAGCGGCUUCAACGGCGCUGCUGCUUCCACUCAUGACGCUGUUGGAGCAAGCCUUACAGGAUGAAGUUUGGGAUGAACUCGAUGCGAUUCAGCAGCACGCAGCGGCCUUACAGGCUGUGAAUGCGUUUACAGCGAUGCAAACUGCAGUUGUAACACGUCGUGCGAGCUCAAGGAAUGAAUACUUAGUCACUAACAAGGCCGCCGUCGUGGCAGCACUGGUUGUUCGUCGCGCUGGGUCGGUGGCUUCGCUGGAACUGCUGCACACGGCUAUUGAGGUUGUUCAGUUGUUCAUACAAGGUGGAAGCGCUCUUGAUAGUGCCGAGAUGGUGGCUAGCAGCCUCAAUCGAUGGCUGCUGCAGCAGCGACACUAUGAGGCACAGAAACAUCGCUUCGCGGACUGGGCAAUACUGAUUCGCCAAGUGGAUUCCAUCCUUGUCUCCUGGAACUCCACGACUGUCAUGAAUCAGCAGCGAGAGAGACGUGCGCUUGAGCAGCUCAAGACCGUUUUGGAUCAUUUGACAACCCUGAAACAUCUCGUGCUGGCGCCUUCGACUGACAACCAGCAGAGUGUUUAUGCUCCUGCAUUGCUCUAG